AUGGCGGCGGCCGCGGGCUGUCUGCGGGCCGUAGGGCUGCAGUUCUGGGCGGACUCGCUGCAGGCUCUGCCCUCCCUGCUGGCUCCCACCGCGCUGCUGGGGCUGCUGCUGGGCGCCGCCGCCGCCGCCCUGCUCUGCCGCUGCGCGCUCGGGCCGCGCCGGGGCGGAGAGAAAGAUGAUUCUCAAAGACUUCUGGAAAGCUUCAAUGCUGAUGAAAAAGAGCACACACUCAUGAAAAGUAAAGCAGAACCCUAUACAUCAAAAGAGGAAAUGGUGCUGGAGGAAAGUGAGUCUCCUCUGAACAGUAACAUUGCAGCAUUUGCAUUAAAGGCAAAAGUGAUCUAUCCCAUCAACCAGAAAUUUAGGCCUUUGGCAGAUGGCUCAUCCAAUCCAUCUUUGCAUGAGAAUCCAAAACAGGCAGUUCUGCCUAAUCAAGUGAUGGAGACAUCUAUGUCAGGCAGCCUGGGAUCCCUGAGCCAGGGAGACAAAGAGGACUGUAGCUCCUCCACGACAAUACAUUCCACAACAAGUGAUGACAGGUUUCAGGCUCGAGCCUUUCUAAAGGUGGGCAGCUUCCCUGAAGUGCUCACAUGUGAGAGUUUUGAUGUUAAGCUCUGCCUUUGCAGUCUUACUUUAAAAGAUCUCAUGCUUCUUGACACUGAACUCAGAAAAGAAAAACAUGUGCUGUUUAUUCAGAUUUUCAAGAUAUACUUCACAGACUUCCAUCGUAAAAAGAAGAUUACUGAUGGUUUGUUGAAGAAGAUCCUUUUAAAUCAGGAAAAUGAUUUUGAAGAAUUACAGAAACAACUUGAAUCUAGAUUCCAGAAUACUGAAAUGUCAGGAGCCCGUAAUUCAGAGUUCCAGACUCUAGAAGACCUAGAAAGGAGGGAAAGGGAAUAUUCCGAGCACAUUAUAGAUAAUAUGGAAGCCUUCUGGAAACAGACUGACAAAGCCCAGCAGGAUUUUUUGGACCAAUCAAAAUGCUCAAGUGCCAAAGCAACGAAGAUAAUGAUGGAUCUGACUGAGAAGAUGAUUGCAGUAGAAAGCUUGUUAAGUGAAUCUCAAGACUUGCAGGCAAUGGACAUUCAGGAAAGGUUAUUCAACUGGGAGCUUAUGGUGAAAAUGAUCGAUUCACUGAAGUCCUCUAUACCAGAAGAGUGUAAGGGUAGAUUAAAUACUGUGUCAAAUAUUCUGGACCACUUAACUGUAAAGAAUAAUCUUUCAGUCCGACAAAAGGAAGAGCUUCUAACAGACCUGCACAAGGCCUUCUGGGAACAGCUGGCACAUUACAGUAAUGAAUGCAUGCAACAAAGUAAAGACCUGAUCUUGAAACGGCUGGAGUGCCGUGCGAAGAAGAAGGAAGAGUUCAAACGCAGACUGGAAGCUGAACAAGAAAGUCUCCUUAGCAAAACUUUUCUUACUGAAGAUGUUCAUAAUUUUCUCAAGGCUUACCAUAAGCUGAUGGAGAAACACCGGCAAGCACAGUGGGAUCUGGAGGAGGAGGAUGACUGUGAGAGCACAGAGGCUGUCGCCGAUCUCUACAAGGAGCUGUACUCGAAGGCUUCCCAUGCUUUAGCAGCGUUGGUGAUGGAGCUGUUUCUUCAGACCCUGCCUGUGGUGACCAGCCUCUCUGUAAGAGAAUGUGAGCUUCUGAAAGAGGAAUGGCAGGAGAAUUUGGUCCCUGAGCUGGAGAAAUGGGAGAACCACCGCCAGAGACGCUGGAAGUUUUUCCAGGAACAGCUAUUGAAAGAAAAAGAACUCUGGAUAACAGAAUAUGCUCUGUCUGCUGUGAUGCAAAAGCACCUGUCUGAGAAACAAGAGAAGAUAAUUCAAGGUGUUGUGAGCAGGCUGGGAUGCCUCAGUGAUGAGUCUGUUAGCUACAUAUUGCAAAAGCACCAACUUCUGCUGUGUUCAGUGCUCAGAAGGUUAACCUUCCGAAGAGCUGGAAUGGCAGCCCUGGCACGCAUGAGACUGUCCAGAAAGAAGAGCUCACUUCAGGAGCUGAGAGAGCAGCACACCCUGCAGAAGGGAUCCUCCCUGUGCCAAGAUGAGGACCAGUGGCAGUUACAGAAGGCAGUGGAGUCCCACAUUCGUGAAGAGGAGGAGAAGCUUGUGGAGGAAACACAAGAAACCAAUUUAGAAUUUCACCAGCAGCUAGUCACAGAAAUCCAAGAAGCUCUUCAGUUUCUUCAGCAGCACAUGGAGCAGGUGAUUGGGCAGACACUGCUGCAGUAUGCCCGAGGGGAAGCUGAAAAAAAGAGUUCAGAUGAUGAACAGGACUUCAAGGAGAGACUGGUGGAAUCUGCUGUUGAAAGUGUGUAUGGGACCAGCAAUAAUAUCAAUAGAGUGGUGCAAAACUACUAUCAGCAAUUAGGAAAAAUCACAGAAGGCUAUGAAGGAAAAAAGCUUCAACAUCUGAAAUCCUUACAAGAAGGAAAUGAAAGGAUCAGACUGAAGAAUAAAGAGAAUGAACUGGCAUUGAAAGAAAAACACACCAAAGGCCUCCUAAAUGUGUCAUCCACGGUCCACCAAAGGUUAGACCAGACAGCAGCACUGCUGUCUAUUCAAACUUUGUGAGUGAUUGCAGAGCUACAUAAAUGCCUAGCUAAAUAAAUGUCUUGAGUUUGCAUUUUGUACUUCUCUUUGAUGGAAAAGAAAUACCUAUUGCCAAAUUAUGUCUGUCCUUUGAUCUCAGAGAAGUACUUUCUUAUUAAAUAAACUUUUUGAUGGUCAUUAGUUACAGAUUGAAGAGCUAUACUUAGGCAGUUUGAAAAGAGAGAAUGAAAAACAAUGCCAAAGCAUAUGCCAAAAUUUAAAAGAAAUUUAACAUAAAUGUAGGAGGGGAACCAAUGCUGAAUGUAAUUCAUUACAUUCCAUCCUUUAUACUUUGAACAUCAAAAGUGUUUGUUUGCUGUGGAGAAAACAUAUAACAUAAUGAAGAGAAAAUGCUUGAAGCCCAAAAAAUACUCAAAACAGAAAGAAGGCUUCAGUGAAUGCCUUGGAAAAUCAAGAUUACUUGCACUAAAUUUAGAGUGGAAUCCCUCAAAUGUUAGUUAAAUAAAAAUCAUAUUUAAUUAAUUACUGAUUUAAUGAAAAUUAAGUCCAGACAAAAAGCACUGCAAUUAAAAAGGGAUAAGUUGUCAUAAAAAGCUCUAUGGCUUGUCAUGUACAUAAUACAUUUUUGUAAUCAUUUUAUUUCUUUACUCUUGAUUUAUUAUCCAGAAAAAUACAACAGCUUCAAUUUUGGCAUUGUAAAGAGGUUAGAUCUUUCUUUAGACAUUCUGUUUCUUCUAAAUUGAAAGAUAUCAUUGCCCACUUUUUUAUCCCUGUUUGAGUUAGUAAAGAAAUGGAUUUUUGUAAUAAAGGGUUUCAUAAAAGAUGUCUUAGUUAUUAAUAUCAAAUUUAUAAUUUAUUGUGACAUAAAAAUUCACUUCCAGCUGUUUUCUCAUUUGGUUUUUCUCCUGUUAUCUAUUCUAGUAUCUUUAAACAAAAUACAAUGAAUUUUGUCUUCACACAAGCAGAAGUGUGGUAUUGAAGAAUGUAACUGUGCAGCAUCUAAGCUGAUAUCAUAAUCAUCAGUAAUCAAACCAAUUUUCCUAUUGCAAUUAUGAUUUCUUUUAUGGUCUAGUCCUUUGUAAAUUAAAGACAAAGUUUACAUUAAUUUGUCUGACUCCUAUAAACUCCACAUUGUUUUAUUGUUUUAUUUCUUUUUCCCCUAAUUCAAGGUUAGGAGUGUGAGUUUGAAAAGCAAAUGUUGAAAGGUAGCCUCCAUAAGCAGUGAGCAUUACAAUAGCAGCUUCAUUAGGUGCAAAUGUAAGAAACUAUUUUUGUUACCUCCUUCCCUGAGGAAUUUGAUGGGUGAUUGGCAGCAUUGCUUCAAGGUAGAUCAGGCAAGAAAACAGAAGAAAUACAGAUGCAGCAAAGUUGCAGCCAUUUAAGUUGUACUGUAAUUAUGAUAAUCCUUAACCAGAAAAGUAAAACAAGUAAAGAAUACAGCUAUUAAUGCUUUCAAUUCCCAAGUUUUGAAUUACCAUAUUGAUGGCUCAGUCUGCUUCUGAUGACAUUUCAGUACUGAAGAGGCCUGGAUGAAAUGCCUAAUUCUUAAUCCCUUAUUCUCACACCUGAUCUUUGAACAGAUCUUUGAACAUUGUUUGCCUUGGCCCUUUGGCAAGCAGACAGUAAAACUGAUCCUAGAAACAUACAGUGGUUUUGAAAGCAGGCUUCAACUUUAGAGCUGAAUUCCAGUUCCCAAAGUCCAGGUAUGAACAUUGCAAACUCCUCUAAUUCCUACCUCCAAAAGGACCUUGUAUCCUAUGGACAGCCAAGACAGGUUAUUAAAA